AUGAGUACUGGGUGCCCAACACGUGUCACUGUCGAGUUCUCUGCCACGGUGACGAGGCUGUUGGCGCACACUCCUUCCUGUCAAUACAAGGGAUCCAAGUACAAGAAGACGUGGAUUGAUUGGGAUGGUAUUAUCGGUGUCGGGGCACACUCUGCCCUUAAGCGCCCUGUGCAGCAAAAUUUUACCGCCGUCAAGAAUGAGACCGCCAGAGAAGCGGCCUACAUCGCAAAGGUCCUCCGCGGUGGGGACACAGUAGAGACCGGCUUCAACGUGACCGCUAAGCUAUGGGGUAUUGGACAUCCCAUCGACCUCGCCCUGGUGAAUGGCACCGACCGCAAUCCAUACUUGUUGCCUCCCAAGUCAUUAAUGGACCUCCCAUCGUAUCGUUGGAAUCACAUGAGGACAUUCUGGCACGGGCCCUACGCCAUACAAUCGAACCGAUUCCCAGCGUUCCCGCGAACAAAAAAACUCCUGGGCGUGACCGCCGAUACGUAG